AUGUCACAAGCAGAGAUGGUGCCGAGUCCCUGGACCCUGGACCCCGCCGUGAUGCUAGACUACCUCUCCCUCCUCAAUGCAUCGUCCUUAUCAUUAUCAUCGCCGUCCCCUUCUUUACAAUCCCGAUCUUCCACCCCCUCACAAGCAUCUACGGUCCUCGACCCGACAAGCCCACCCCACUCCUCCACUGAUGAUGAAUACAACCCCACAAUCCUCAACCACCCCGCCCAACCAAAGAAACAACCCACGAACCCCCGGCGUAAACGUGGCCGGCCGAGGAUGCUCGACAAGACCACGGGGGAAGUCGACGACGCAGCCACGAAAGAGGUAAGCCAGCUCCUCCCCUCCCAGCACGUCAAACAAAAAAACAAGACUAACUCCCGGCUCCCCAACCAGCGCCGCAAAAUCCAAAUCCGCGUGGCGCAGCGCGCCUACCGUUCCCGCCAGCAGGAGCGCACCGCCCUGCUCACGCGGCAGGUGCACGAGCUGGAGCAGAAGCUGCUCAUUGCCCGGAACAUCUACCUCAACACGCACGCGGCGGCGGUGAUGGGGUGUGUAGUGGACCCAACCGAAUCCGAUGGGAGCAGCAAUAGCCACAGCCACAGCCACAGCCACAGCAACAGCAGCAGCAGUGGGGGGUACUCGCGGGCCCUGCAGGAGAAUCUACGGCUGUUGCUGGCGAUUACGGAGGUGGGUGGUGCCGCAGACGGGAAGGAAGCGACGGGGUCCGAGGGGGAGGGGGAGGAGGAUGGGUGUGGUGGGGGACGACAGUUCGAAUCGCUGGACGGCAUGAGGGUACGGGCACGGGCAUGGGCACGCGCACCGUAUCCGCUCUACCCGGGCCAUGGGAAUGGGCUGUUGCCGUCGACGCCGGGGGGGUUGUUGUCGGGGGGCAUGUUUGAUGAUCCGUUUGAUGUUGAUCUUUGAGGGGUGGUGCAUAUUAGGGAGAGG